GUACUGUACAUAAAUAUGGUGGGCAACAGGAUGCGAAAAUCUUUAAAUAUUCCAAGGCGAUAAUUAAGUAAUGUCGAUAAUGGAGCUUCUCUUUGCAAUGGCGACUUGUUGAGUCAACCCUGUGCAGGUUGCGAACAAGUGCUUUUCCACAAAAUAGCUUGAUGUUAUCGUAUACAGUUUCGUAUAGAAGAUGAAUGCGAUUGGUGGAUUAAGCGGAGUUGAAAAAGAGUACAUAAAGAAGCAUCACAGUCACGAUCCUGCCGAGAAUCAAUGCACUUCUCUUUUGAUCAAGCACAUUAGAGCACCUCUUCCUCUUGUUUGGUCAUUGGUUAGGAGAUUUGAUCAGCCAGAGAAGUACAAGCCCUUUGUGAGCAGGUGUAUUUCACAAGGAAAUCUUGAGAUUGGUAGUCUUAGAGAAGUCGAUGUCAGAUCAGGCCUACCUGCAACAACUAGCACUGAGAGGUUGGAGCUUCUCAAUGAUGAAGACCACAUCUUAUGUGUCAGGAUUGUUGGCGGGGAUCACAGACUAAGGAAUUACUCGUCAAUUAUAUCUCUCCAUCCAGAGGUCAUUGACGGAAGACCUGGGACACUAGUGAUUGAAUCGUUUGUGGUAGACGUGCCUGAAGGAAACACCAAAGAUGAGACCUGUUAUUUUGUUGAAGCUCUAAUCAAAUGCAACCUGAAAUCGCUUGCUGAUGUUUCUGAGCGGCUUGCUGUGCAGAAUAUGACAGAGCCAAUUAAUCCCAUGUAAAGGUUCCAGAGGCUAUAUUCACCGAGGAUGAAGCUUCCUCAAGGUUUUUGGUUCUCCGAGGCUUUGGAGGUGUACUGGAUAUAGCUGCUCCCUUCCAUAUUCCACAUACAUUCGGUGCUCUUUUUUUUUUUUGUGUGUUUAGUUUUCAAGCCAUGUUACAUUGUUUGUUAACAUCACAUAAGCACAAAUUUUAAAAUGGAUGAAAGAGGCUCUGAUUGUUGAACUUUAAUAAUUUUGACAGUGGUAGUUUGAAUGUCAAUUUGUCUCAGCCUAGUAUCACAGAGUGGAGUAUGUAGUCUGUACAAUUGUGUUUGUUAAGCUGCAUUUGGAGUGUUAGUUGCCUUAGAAGGUGAAAUGCAUCAGGGAUGAUGGUC